GGAGGAGGGGGAGGAGGGAGAGGAAGAGGGGGAGGAGGAAGAGGAGGGGGAGGCGCCACGGGCCGAGCUCUCGAGUCGGGGGCUCCUCUGGAUGGAGACGCCACGAGGCGAGGAGGUCGCGAGCGCCUUUCUCGGAGAUUGAGAAGCCGGUGGGGUGGAGCCUAGUUCCCUUGUCCACCCUGGAGGAUGAGCGAAGAGGAGGUGGAGGUGGCGGGUCAGAGCAGCAGGAAGAGGGUGGCAAGGGAGGAGGAGGAGAAGAAGGGGGGAGAGGAGAAGGCGAAGGAGGAAGAGGCUCCACCACCAGCCAAGCGACAAAGAGGUCGCCCUAGGAAACAGCAGCAGGUCUCUGCGGCUGCCCCCACGCCCAAGCGACCUCGGGGCAGGCCCAAGGGCAGCCGGGGCAAGGCGCCAGAGACGGCAACGGAGGCAACGGAGGCACCGGGAGAGACGAAAGGACGAGGGCGUCCAAGAAAGCGGGAACCGGAACAGGCAGCUCAAGAGCCACCCCAGGGGUCCUCGGGCACCAGCCAAUAGAAGCAGGCCUCAUGCUACCUCAAGACGGUCGGGUCCUGUGAACACGUAAGGUGGCUAACGAGGUCAACUGCCAACUGCCUGCACGGAACAAAUUAAAAUAUGAUGCCCAAACACACAAAGGCGGCCGUUUAGACGCGAUUUAACCGCGCGGUGUUAAGUUAACCGCACUGCACAGUCUGGCGGAUGAGGGGAAAUCGCGAUAAACUCAAAGCAAAAAAUUGGUUUGUGCUCAACUGAAAUGAAUAUCUAAACGGAGGCCACGUGGUGGCUCAGAGGUCAGAGACUCUGAGCCGGCACCGCUGAGAUCCUGGGUUGCAACCACAGCGAUUACACCGGGGUCUCAUAGACUCACACAGAGACCCAUAGACUCACAUAGAGACCCAUAGACUCACAUAGAGACCCACAGACUCACGUAGAGACCCAUAGACUCACGUAGAGACCCAUAGACCCACGUAGAGACCCACAGACUCGCAUAGAGACCCAUAGAUUCACAUAGAGACCCAGAUACUCACAUAGAGACCCACAGACUCACACAGAGAACCAUAGAAUCAAAUAGAAACCCGCAGACUCACAUAGAGAUCCAGAGACUCACAUAGAGACCCACAGACUCACAUAGAUACCCACAGACUCACAUAGAGACCCACAGACUCAGACAGAGACCAAUAGGUUCACAUAGAGACCCAUAGACUCACGUAAAAUGAGUUGUGAUUAAACCGGGGUUUCAAAUAUAGAGAGUUGAUGGACUCUACCCAGUCACCAAUGAAUUGCAUAUAGAAUCACAGACCUACACAUGGACUUAUACAGUAUAGAGACCCCAGAGGCUUACAUAGAGACCAAUGGGCUGACACAGAGCCCCAUUGGCUCACUUAGCCUGAGGUUGUGAUUCAACUGGGUUUCUCAAGUCUAGUGAGUUGAUAAUUCUAGAUUUGAAGCUUUCGUGACUGCAAGGAUUCAUAUUCUUAGGUUUUUUCGGUAAAGUCACGUAGGUAAAACAUUAAAAUUAAUAUUUAGUUUUAUAAAUUUUAAUGUUUUACCUACGUGACUUUACCGAAAAAACCUAAGAAUAUGAGUUGAUGAUCUCAGCCCGGUCGCCUAUUUAAUACGUGAAACCCAUCGCAUAACAUUUGGAUGUGCACUUAAUUUGGCAAUAUUUCUGCUCUGAGCGAUAACGUUUGGUCGGUUUGACUGCCACGCAACGAGCGUUACUCUCUUAUAUCAGGGCAGGGUGGGAAAGUGCUGCCCUCUGGUGCGUGUGGACAAGAGGUGACCUGAAGGAAUCUCACAAGUAGCUCUGGGAUGUCCGCUUCUGCGGGACGUUUGCUAACACCGCCGGGGGGUCUCGUCGCUCUGCGAGAUUUUCCCAACGGAUUCUUCGUCCCGUGACGACGCGACGCCGAUGGCAGCACGAUGAUUGCGGGAUACAAAAUCGAGAGAAAAUGAGACAAAAUCAUUUUGUUGGCGGCCGGGUCGAAUCUCACAAGUAGCUCUGGGAUGUCCGCUUCUGCGGGACGUUUGCUAACACCGCCGGGGGGUCUCGUCGCUCUGCGAGAUUUUCCCAACGGAUUCUUCGUCCCGUGACGACGCGACGCCGAUGGCAGCACGAUGAUUGCGGGAUACAAAAUCGAGAGAAAAUGAGACAAAAUCAUUUUGUUGGCGGCCGGGUCGAAUCUCACAAGUAGCUCUGGGAUGUCCGCUUCUGCGGGACGUUUGCUAACACCGCCGGGGGGUCUCGUCGCUCUGCGAGAUUUUCCCAACGGAUUCUUCGUCCCGUGACGACGCGACGCCGAUGGCAGCACGAUGAUUGCGGGAUACAAAAUCGAGAGAAAAUGAGACAAAAUCAUUUUGUUGGCGGCCGGGUCGAAUCUCACAAGUAGCUCUGGGAUGUCCGCUUCUGCGGGACGUUUGCUAACACCGCCGGGGGGUCUCGUCGCUCUGCGAGAUUUUCCCAACGGAUUCUUCGUCCCGUGACGACGCGACGCCGAUGGCAGCACGAUGAUUGCGGGAUACAAAAUCGAGAGAAAAUGAGACAAAAUCAUUUUGUUGGCGGCCGGGUCGAAUCUCACAAGUAGCUCUGGGAUGUCCGCUUCUGCGGGACGUUUGCUAACACCGCCGGGGGGUCUCGUCGCUCUGCGAGAUUUUCCCAACGGAUUCUUCGUCCCGUGACGACGCGACGCCGAUGGCAGCACGAUGAUUGCGGGAUACAAAAUCGAGAGAAAAUGAGACAAAAUCAUUUUGUUGGCGGCCGGGUCGAAUCUCACAAGUAGCUCUGGGAUGUCCGCUUCUGCGGGACGUUUGCUAACACCGCCGGGGGGUCUCGUCGCUCUGCGAGAUUUUCCCAACGGAUUCUUCGUCCCGUGACGACGCGACGCCGAUGGCAGCACGAUGAUUGCGGGAUACAAAAUCGAGAGAAAAUGAGACAAAAUCAUUUUGUUGGCGGCCGGGUCGAAUCUCACAAGUAGCUCUGGGAUGUCCGCUUCUGCGGGACGUUUGCUAACACCGCCGGGGGGUCUCGUCGCUCUGCGAGAUUUUCCCAACGGAUUCUUCGUCCCGUGACGACGCGACGCCGAUGGCAGCACGAUGAUUGCGGGAUACAAAAUCGAGAGAAAAUGAGACAAAAUCAUUUUGUUGGCGGCCGGGUCGAAUCUCACAAGUAGCUCUGGGAUGUCCGCUUCUGCGGGACGUUUGCUAACACCGCCGGGGGGUCUCGUCGCUCUGCGAGAUUUUCCCAACGGAUUCUUCGUCCCGUGACGACGCGACGCCGAUGGCAGCACGAUGAUUGCGGGAUACAAAUCGAGAGAAAAUGAGACAAAAUCAUUUUGUUGGCGGCCGGGUCGAAUCUCACAAGUAGCUCUGGGAUGUCCGCUUCUGCGGGACGUUUGCUAACACCGCCGGGGGGUCUCGUCGCUCUGCGAGAUUUUCCCAACGGAUUCUUCGUCCCGUGACGACGCGACGCCGAUGGCAGCACGAUGAUUGCGGGAUACAAAAUCGAGAGAAAAUGAGACAAAAUCAUUUUGUUGGCGGCCGGGUCGAAUCUCACAAGUAGCUCUGGGAUGUCCGCUUCUGCGGGACGUUUGCUAACACCGCCGGGGGGUCUCGUCGCUCUGCGAGAUUUUCCCAACGGAUUCUUCGUCCCGUGACGACGCGACGCCGAUGGCAGCACGAUGAUUGCGGGAUACAAAAUCGAGAGAAAAUGAGACAAAAUCAUUUUGUUGGCGGCCGGGUCGAAUCUCACAAGUAGCUCUGGGAUGUCCGCUUCUGCGGGACGUUUGCUAACACCGCCGGGGGGUCUCGUCGCUCUGCGAGAUUUUCCCAACGGAUUCUUCGUCCCGUGACGACGCGACGCCGAUGGCAGCACGAUGAUUGCGGGAUACAAAAUCGAGAGAAAAUGAGACAAAAUCAUUUUGUUGGCGGCCGGGUCGAAUCUCACAAAACCGGCCCAAAACUCGUACGACGAUCAACUUCCCGAUGCGUUUUUUCAAUUGUUUAAACCAAAUUUCGAUUUAAAGCUGCUUUCGUGACUGCAGGGAUAAAUCUUCUUGGUUCUUUCGGUAAAGUCACGUAGAAGGGAAGUAAUAAAAUAAUAAAAAUUAAACAUGAUAAAAUUAUUCUCACGACGUUUCGGCCACAACGCAAGUAGCCGUCCUCAGGUGAAGACAGGUCUGUCGAGGCGACAGCGUCUAAAAAAAAAAAAAUUUGGAAUUGUAAUCGACAGCGAUCUCCCUCUCUCUCUCCCUCCGAUCGCCCGCACGCCACUCAGAAGUCUACAACAGAAACGGCGACAAGCGUCGACCUCUCGAGAGUUGUUCAUUUUCGCCAAAUAAUUUCCCCACCGGCGCGUGACGCGGACGUAACUCGACAGACGUCGUUGCCGCGUCGACGUCUGAGAGUUGCAGCCUCGAGGUGGCAGUAGAGCAAGUGGGUUUUGCCAGCCGGCGUCACCCCCGACGUGGUGAUGGCCCCCCCCUCAUCGCAGCAACGUAGCGCGGCGCUCUUCAUUGCAAGGCCCCGCAGGCCACUGGCAGCCUUUAGUGCGGCCCUUUACGCGCGGCCCUCCUCCCGACAAAUACACAACAUGCGAAAACACCCCCACGCCCCCCACCAUCAUCGUGCUGCUGUCAAACCCCAACGGGUUUUAAUGUGCGGCGGCCCUCACACACUGAGGAUGUCUUAUUGGCCAAAGUGGGCCAUCCUCCACCCAUCUCUGAAAAUCAGCGACGAACACUCGCAUAGCGGCGACCCUCCGGGUUAACGCAUUCCACGCCUGAAAUCAACUCGGUUGGGAUUUCAAGGCCGUUUCGGCAAUCGCCAGUUAUGCGCGGCCGCUCAGAACGACGCACGGCUGUCAAGAGUGGGGCGGGGGGGGGGGUGGAAAUAACGCAGCCACGAGUUGAAGCCACGGCGCCGCAGUGCGCACCAGUGGCAGAGCAGAGAGACUGUGCGUUGACGGUGAAAGCGGUCGUCGGGGUAACUACACACACAUGCGUCAGUGUUCGUCUAUCUUGAUCUGGCAGCUGAUGAUGAUGGCGAUGAUGACAUUGACGAGGAUGAUUUUUGAUGUGAAUGAUGGCGGUGAUGAUGAUGGUGAUGAUGGCAGUGAUAAUGACAUUGACGAGGAUGAUUUUGAUGUGAAUGAUGGCGGCGAUGAUGGUGCUGAUGAUGGCAGUGAUGGUGAUGAGAGUGCUAAUGACAUUGCCGAUAAUCAUGGUAUGAAAAAUGAGAAUAUUUUUACCCUUUCUGGCAAUAAGGUCCCACGAUAACCAUGAUGAUGGCAAUGACGACUGGUGACGAUGACAAUGACGUUGAUGGCGGUGAUGAUGACGAUGAAAGUAACGCUUUUGUUGAUUGACAACUCUGGUGAAAUCGCGAUAACGACCAUCACCGUCAUCACGAUGACAACGACGACGCUGUCGGUAACCAUGACGAUGGUAGUGACGACGAUUACGGAAUCGCGAGGUGCUAUUGAUCCAGCUGCGUGACAUUGUUUACUUAUUUUUGGUGCUAAAUGCGUGACAGCAAAACACACGGUUUCUAUAAAUAUACUAAUUACCGUCUAGUGCCUGAACAGUGGGAGGGGCUUAUCCGGACAGUGGG